AUGGAGGGAUUAUGGAAUUCAAAAGUCCGCACCGUUAUCCAAUAUCAGACUGUAAGAUAUGAUGUUCUUCCUCUUUCUCCGACCUCCCGGAAUAGGCUUAAUCAGGUGAAGAGGAAAGUUCUGGUUCUAGAUUUAGACGAGACCCUCAUCCAUUCACAUCAUGACGGAGUCUUGCGUCCAACUGUCCGUCCUGGAACCCCCCCUGACUUUAUACUCAAGGUUGUUAUUGAUAAGCACCCAGUGCGCUUCUUUGUCCAUAAACGACCGCAUGUUGAUUUCUUCCUGGAUGUGGUCAGUCAGUGGUACGAGCUGGUAGUAUUCACAGCCAGCAUGGAGAUUUACGGCUCUGCUGUGGCCGAUAAACUAGAUAACAAUAGGGGGGUUCUCAGAAGACGUUUUUACAGACAGCACUGCACAUUGGAACUGGGCAGUUAUAUCAAAGAUCUGUCCGUUGUACACAGUGAUCUCUCCAGCGUGGUCAUCCUGGACAACUCGCCUGGAGCAUACAGAAGUCACCCAGAUAAUGCUAUUCCUAUAAAGUCCUGGUUCAGCGAUCCCAGUGACACAGCACUACUAAACCUUCUACCAAUGCUGGAUGCAUUAAGGUUCACAGCUGAUGUUCGCUCCGUUCUGAGCCGCAAUCUCCACCAGCACAGACUAUGGUGACAUUCAGCCCCGCCGCCUCCUUCUCCUGGAUACCCCCUGUCCCCGCCAGCAGACAGAGACUGUACCCCCUCUACCUCUAGGACAUUUACCGUGGAGGAGGGUGAUAACCGUGAACUGUAAAACCCUUCCCUUCCCCUUUUUUCAGGGGCUGGGGGUGCGUGGGGAGAAUGGGGGUCUGGUUUUUAAUUGUAGACUUUCUUGUAUAAAGAGAAUUAUUUCAAGAUAUGGCUUUAUGUAUGUGCGUAUAAAUAUAUACACACCCUCCUUCCACCAUCAUUACCAGCGUGCAAA